UCUACGCGAACCACAUACGAUGUGCGUUACUUUUACUCCUUUGCACUGAUUUUACUCUCGUUCGAUCGCAACAGCUAGUCUGCGAAAACACAGCGAGUAGUUCAGAUUUUCCGCGGAGUUUUCUUGCCUAAGCGCGGUAAUUUUCAAAUAUCUUGUUCGUGAUUCAUUGGAAAAUUCCAGAUGUUGUAAAUUUUAUUUUGAUCACAAACUUUGAUUCCGGAAAUCAUGGAGACGACCAGAAACAACACAAAAAUGACGGGAUACCUGGAAAAGAAGGGAAAAAAUAAAAUGAUAGGAGCGUACAAAAAAUAUUGGUUCGUAUUGGAAGGCGGACUUUUACUCUACUACAGAUCGAAAAUUGACUACGACACCAUUUCUCCGUUCAAAGGAAGCAUCAACCUAGGUCCACCAUGUACCAUCAAGCCCCUGAUUUCGACUGCUGGAGCAUUUCAAAUACAGACUAGAACAGCUAUUAUAACAUUGAGAGCACCUAAUCAAGAAGAACAAAACCGAUGGAUGCAAGCAAUCAUGUCGGAAAUAAAUCCAACCAAAAAUCCACAGAAAAUGAGUCACUUCAGAUACUCUUUAAAACAGUUUCCAGCAACGAAAGAAGACACCGAACCCUCCACAAACCGUGCUGUAUCUUUAGAAGAGCCGUUGGCAGCCGAACACUUGAAUGACUCAAUUAUCCAAAGACUUCAAAAAAUUGGAGGUCAGUCCUACGGAAACUCUGUCACAAAUACCAUCAGUAAAGCAGCAACCCGCCGAGCAGAAACUAAGCAACUACCACGGGAGUUUGUACAUAAAAGCUCUGAUGAUUUGAGAAACUCUGAAAUCACCGAAACAUCUACUGAUUCAAGAUCAGCCGAAAACAUUUACGAACAAAUUCCCUCUGCAUUACCUGAAAGCAAUCACCGUGACAAACACGGUACAAAAAAAUUCCAAAAAAGUUUAUCGCUCACACGAAUGAUGUCAAACACAUUUCGAGUUGAACCCAACCACGAUCUACCAAUUAAGUUCGUUGCAGAAAAUGACGCAAGUAAAUGUAUCAUACAAAAAGAGACCGUGUUCUUUUUCAACGAAAAUAAACAAACAUGUAAAACAAAUGAAACUGAAAUAGGUGCACUUCCAGUUCGAAACGAGUUUGGUGAAUCAACUACAGAGACUGAUAGAAAACCAACAGCAAGUAACGAAACAAUUGAAACACAAAUAUCAGUGAAUAACAACGAACAGAGUCGUUCAAAUAAAAAAAAGAAUCUCACAGAAAUAUCCUCUUCAACAGAUAACUCUGGUUUCCUCAAUAACAACAAACAUUCUUUAAACAGUAACGAGAUAAGAGAUUUGGAAUAUUCACAGGAAAAACAAAAAGCAGCAACAACAACGAAAUCUGACAGUAACGCCAAGGCACACGAAAAUAUACUGAUGGAAAACGAUUUGUACGGCCACGCGUUAAAAUACAGAGAAACAAACAAAACUCCUACCAGGAACAAUACUUUCUUUUCAAAUAAAACACACAAAUAUUUGUGUAAUAUUGAGGAACAAGAAGAAAGAUCAAUAUCGUUAGCUAACGCUGACGAAAAUAAAAGAUCUACUCUAAUACAAGAAAAUGAAAUUUACUCGCUUGCCACAAACACAAGUGACCACUGUUCUAUCAGGAACGAUCUUUAUUCUCUUCCAGUGAAGGAAAAAAAGACAAAUAUUGACGACGGAGCAACUUUCUGCAUUGAUAAUGAUCAGUAUGCAGAUAGCAUUUACUGCGAGGUAAAUGCCACUACAGAUUACAACGAAAAUGAUGUUAGUGAAAAAAACUCUCAAGAAAAUUUAUAUUCCAUCCCUGAUAAUCAUGAAAUCAAAGAUGAGAAAGAGACCGUGAAUGAAGCAGAAUACGCUGAACCUCAAUAUAUCGAGGGAAGUAAAAGUAAAAGUAAGUUGAGCUUCCUAAUAAAAAAGAAAGCUAAAAAAGAAACUGACAUAGAGGUCAAUAAGAAUAAUUCAAAGUUGAAAAAGAGAAACAGUUUCAUCAGGAGAGUUUGGAAUAAAAAAGUAAAGCCUAAAGAAAAGGCUGUUGACGGAUUUAUAGAAGAAAAUUUGUAUGAUACUGUGGCAGAAUUAGUUAUCGAAAAACUGGCAGUAACCGAUGGAAAUACAUUGAAGAUGAUAUCAGAGUUGCAAAAUAUACUGGAAAUGAAAAAGCCUGUUUUGAUUGAAAAGAUUUCAGAUACUGUAAAUUCACCAACAAGCUCAGUGGGGCCUGAAAAUAUUUCAGAAACAAGUGAAGACAAUAGAAGCCCACAACUUAAUUCAGUUGCCAAACAAAAUGAACCCUCAGACCAAGCUCUUCCUAUUUUAACACCCAAAACCCAGAAACUGGAGAAUCCGUCACCUUUCCACGAUAUUCCGAAAAACAACAAACCAGUUGUACUGCCUCCGAAAAAAACCAAGCUGUACGAGAAUAUUGAUGAUAUUGAUGAAAUACUAGACGAACUCAACAAUCAAAAUAAUAACAGGAAUAAAGUGAAAAGUCUGAUUAAACGUUUCAGUGAAACCGAUGUAUUCGACAGUGACGUGGAGCUGAGAACAAACAGAAGUACUAGAGAAUUGAUUGAUUCCGAUGAACUGAGUAGGCUGUUAGCAGAAUUAGCCGAAGUCACUAACGCUCCCAUUUUGACACCAGGGGCUACAUCGAGUUUGAAUGGCUCAAAUAUCGGGAACGUGGAGUUUUCUAAAUUGUUACCAGAACGGCGGAGACGCCAUUCAGAACCUGACUACGAUAUUCCGAGACCACACAAAUCCUUGACAAUGUUACCAAAAAAAGAAGAGGAUUCAGACAAUGUCAUCGAAUCGACAAGGUUUUUCGGACCAAUUUUAAAACCGUGUGAUAUGGCAGUACCCUGCAACAAGGCCUCUUCUGAAGCUCUCUUCCGACUCAGUAGCAUCACGCCGGAUUCUUUGGAAGGAAACAUUCCACAACGAACACCAACUCCACUGAAUUCAAAUGACGAUUAUUGCGAAUCACAUCAAUACUAUGAAUUCAUGGACAGAAAAACGUUCUUGAAAAAUCAAAACCGGACAAAAUCGCCAAAGGACUGGUCUGCGAACAGUAUAAACUCAGACAUGAUGAUUGAAAAUGAUAUUUAUGUCGAUCCCAAAUCGAUACGGUUCAAUUUCAAAAGGGAAGAUGCGAAAACUCAUAGUUAUGAACAAGGCAUUGGGGAAGAUGAAGUCUUCAUUGACUCUUUGGAAAAUGACAACGGCGGUAAUCCUGAAUCUACGGCACUCUGACCUAUA